GCAUGUUAGGCAGGUAGAGCCGGUUGCCACAACUGUGUGUCGGUUGACCUCGAGGAGAGAGUUGGAGACAUUCUUCCAGGGAUGAACAAGUAACCACCUGCGGUCUUCAUCCCAGCAACGCUGCACUCCUCUCAUCCUUCUCACAUCAAUCAACCGAUCAAGUGAAGAAAGCAACAAAAAAAGAUGAAACUGUUGGUCUUUUUCGUCGCCGUGAGCGUAGCGGUGACGGUAGCGAUGAUUUUCCAGACUCUGCGUCAGGAGAUGAACCUGCGUAACCUGAGGGCCCGCAUGGUGGAGAGCUCUGCGGAAGUCAGGAGGAGAGAAGAUUCCAUCAUGGAGAUGAAAAGUAAAAUCCAGACGCUCAAGUCCUCCGUGGAAACCUCCAGCCAAAAGCUGGAGGAACUGAGGAAAGAGAAAACGGACAAGGAGAAGGCCCUACAGGGGGCUGAGAAAAGUCUGGAGACCUGCAAUACCGGAAAGGGCAACACUGAAAAGAAGAAGACAGAGCUGGAAGGAUCCAUUAAAAAAGUCAAAACUGAUCACGAAGCAGCUAAGACUAAGUCUCAGUUGGAGAUUGAGGGCUUGGAAAAACAGAUCUUGGACAGGGACAAAACAAUUUGUGCUUAUGCAGAUAUGACUAAGGAAGAAGCACGAAAAUUGUGUGGAGAGUCCGGUAAAGCACAAUAAAAUCAAAUCCAAUUAAACUUGGCUGAACUUUUCCACAAAGGAACGCAUCUAAGAACCAUCUAAGUUUUAUAUUUGUUGGUGUUUUUUUAUAUAUAUAUUAAUACCUAUCAUGCACAUCCACUUGUGGGUCAAGUGCAGCAGACUUUUGGAAUGGGGAAAUAGCUUUUCCAUGUUUUUCUAUACAUUAUGUGCUAUUUUGAAGUUAUUGUUUUUGUUGGAACUUGUCUGGCUUCUUGUCUCUGUAACAUACUUUAAAACAUAUUUGUAUGUUAUGGCAUUCACAGACAUUUUUGCUCCUUGUGUUUAUUCUUUUUUGAUGUGCUGAGGAUUUAGAGGAUCUUGAAACACUAUAUGCUCUGCUGGAUAAUCACAGAAUUUUAUUGUACUUGAAACGAUACUGUAGCCAUAUUGGUGAAAUUAUUAAUCUAGUGACCCUGCAGCUGAGUUGCUUGGUCUUUUGACUUCCCCUAGUGGACAAUUUAAGAUCUGUCAUAGUUUUUCUUUUGGCAAAACCUUUUGUGGUAUUUUAUUUACAGUUAAUGAAUACUUUUUAUAUGUAAGGGUUUAAAUUAUGUGAAAAAACAAUCUUUAAAGUUUUUGAGUUUUUGAACUUAUAGUUAUAACUACAUUAAUUUGUAGUAUCCUGUGUUACACCAGUUGUUUGUUAAUAAGUGCUGAUGAAGGCUGAGUUCUAAAUGCAGUGAAGGUUAAUUCGCAUAAACAUGUUUUUCAUCUCUAAUAUUAAAGUGGUAUUGGUAUUUCUUUCUAUGCAUUUAUCUCAGACUGAUGUGUGCAUUUUAUACUGAGUCUCUAACCUUUUGAUAUGGUUAACUUAUUUCACUAAAUGCUUUCCUUGUGCCAACCCAUGUUGCCCCUUGCAGUCAACCAUAUAAAAUGUUAUUUGUGUUAUUUUACCAGAAUGUUUGAUACUUAACCUUCUGUGAAAGACAGAUGCCUUCCUAAAUAUAACACAACUUGCAAAUAAAUUGUCAACACAAAGAUGUAAGAUGUAUUACAUCCUGUUUAUCUAGUCAUAUUUAUAUUCUAAAAAAGAGCAGAUACUGAAAUAACCUUUCACAUAGGCCAUCUAUGUUUGUGUUAAACGUUUAGCUGAAUAUACAGAAAAGUCCCUGUAAAUUUAAAGUUUUUUUUGGCUUUAAUUUCCAUGUGGAAGGCACAUAUAUUGAAAUAUACUGAAAAUAAAUACGCAAAUGUUUUAUUAUAUUGAAAUAGGAAGAAAUAUAUUCAGUUCUGUUAUAUGUCUAAUUUGAAACACAUUAAAGAAAUAUUUUUA